UGGCGAAAGAGUCAUGGGUAUAUUACCAAGCGGCGCAGCAAGUUCUCGUGUUAAGGUUCGUCCAGAAUUAUUAUGGCCAGUACCAGUACAUUGGAGUUUGGAAGAUGCUGUUACAGUGCCUUCAGCCUAUUUGCAGGCAUUUUAUUGCUAUAAUAAGAAACUGUUUUUGCCUGGGUAUACAAUACUGGUACACUGCGGAGCAGGUGCGCUGGGACAAGCUGCCAUCGCUAUCGGUUUGAAUAAUGGCUGCGAAGUGUUUACUACAGUCAGUGACACACGAAAGAAGAGUUUCUUGAUGAAGUUGUUCCCAGAACUUCAAGAGGAUCACAUUGGUAAUUCACGAGAUCCCACUUUCGGUGAUAUGGUGAGAACCAUCACAAGGGGAAAAGGAUGUCAUAUUGUCAUUUGUAGUCUUCAAGGAGAAUUGAAAAAUGUUUCAUUAAAUGUUUGUGGUUUGUCUGGUAUUACACUGGACACAACGCAAAUUUCCACUCAAGAGGAGUUUAAUUUUGGAAUGAAUAAUUUAAUUUUAGAGCGAAGUUAUGUACCAAUUGAUCUCUGUUCUUUGUUGACCAAUGAUACACUGAAAAAUUUAAAGAAGCUUCAACUCAUGAUAAGUGAAGGAAUCGUCAAGGGAUAUGUGCGGCCUCUGUCCCGCGUGACGUAUCCUCCACACGAGGUAUCCCGGGCAUUCCGUUUGCUAGCAACCAGUCGCCAUCGUGGCCGUGUCGUACUACGCUUACGUGAUUCGGUUCCUGUAACACAGGCCAGGCUUUCGUGUUCUCCUGACUCGUGCCACAUAGUUAUUUGCGAUGACGAUUCUUUUGGUGUUCAAUUCGCCAAUAGAUUGGUUGCUCGAGGUGCUACAAAAAUGCAUUUAUAUACGCAAAACGUAUCGUCAUAUCUACAUAUGAAGAAAAAAUUAUGGGCAAAUCUUGACAUAAAAGUGGAGAUUUCUUCAGAUGAUCUUGGCAAGAGUGACAAUGUCGUUACUCUAUUUAGCGAGAGUAACCGUUUGGGACCAGUGGAGGGAGUGUAUGUGUUGGCUUCUAGUGUUACUGAACAAGAUGUCAAGAAACUAACGACAUUAGUUCAUAAUCUGGACUUGGCUACUAGAAAGUUCUGUAAGUCCUUAAGAUAUUUUGCGGUUGUCUGCAUUGGCGUUACUGUCGGACAGAAUACAUGUCACGCUCGCUUCCGUGACGGUUUACCAGUGAUAACUCUUAAUUUGUUUGCAUUUAAAAAGGGCGGUACUGAAGACUGGGCACAGGAGUCGUAUUCAUGGAGACAAGCGUUGAAUACAUUAGAGCUAGCAAUACGCACAUCUCAGCCGACGUUGCUGGCUCUUCUCCCAAAAAAGGCAACCUCUUCGCUGUUGCAACAAAUUAGUAGGCGUGCAGAAAUUAAGAUCUCUGAAGAUACACAAGAUGAAACCACACUUCAAGACAUGGGCAUCGAAUUGACAAACGUUUCAAUCAUUCAAACCUUCCUGCGGGACGUCUAUAAUGUUUAUUUGGCCGACGAACAGAUUUUGAAUUUGACUAGCCAAAAACUUCGAGAAUUGGAGGACAUAAUAAUGGGGAGUGAAUUCAAGCCCGUUUGUGGCCUCGGGACUUUCUUUUCAUAUGUUGACCCUGAUGAACUGCUCGCAACAAAUGGAUGGGUCUUCUUGCCAACACGUGUUAGCAGCGGCAGCAUGAGAGACGAGGAUUUCGAUGUUUCUAAGAAAUAUCUGUGCAUCAUACCUGGGAUGGAAGGACACUAUGCAAGGUUUCGAGUGUUGUGUGAAAGACUCAAGUUACAUGCCAUCGUGCUGCAGCCUGGCCUCGACUUAUUACACGAAAGCAUCCGGGAAACUGCUGAGAGAUAUUCCAAUUUUUUACUGAAGAAACUCCAAUUGAGGAACAACUAUUAUCUUUUGGGGCACGAAUCUGGAGUUCUGAUAGCGUUAGAGGUAGCUGCUAUUCUAGAAGAACACGGUCUGACUGGCACAGUGUUCUGUGUUGGAGGUACGCCAGAAGACAUUCAAGCUACGCUCUUGGAUCAAAUUAGUGAAUAUGAAACUGAGGAAGCUCUGCAGGAUGCAGUGGCGAGAUACAUGUAUAGUUUGAUGACAGGUAAUACUGAAAGGAUAGAACAAGCCCUUACGAAUGUAUCAUCAUGGAACGAAAAGAUUGAUGCGUACGUCAGAACUUUAUUGGGAAAGGUGCCACAUUCAGCGCAGUAUGCUCGAGCUUGGAUCGAAGCUGCUUAUACGCGCAUAGCACAUUUGCGUACAUACAAGCUACAGCCGCGGCAGCUGCGUUCUAAGCUCAUCCUACUUCGAGCAUCUCUCAGCACUGGCUCACCCUCGAUCGCAGAAACAGCGGCUAUAAUGCAACGCUACUCUAAACAACCAGUGGCAGUGUACCAGUUACGGGCUCCUCUGGCGUAUGCGACUUAUGACCUGCGCUGUGGAGCGAUUAUAAAUCGCCAUUUGGAUGACGAAAUUCAGCAGGCAUACAACGAAACCAACCUUUGUGAAACUUACUUAAUUAAUCCAACGAAGUUCUUAGAGGUUAUUGAGGAUACAAAAGUUUAAUUUUUUUAUUUUUCCAUUUUUUAAAUAUUGUUUAACGUAUCUAUUUAUA